AUUACCAUAAUCCAGCCCUAGUGCCGUCAGAGUGGUUCCAGUUUAGUGCUUCAGUGUGGUCCUGUCACUGUGUAGGCAUGAAGAUGGAAUCCCAUGGACAGUGGAUUCUGUUGGCCCUCCUGCUUGUGUCUAACGUUCUACUCAGUGUACACGCUCAGGAGGGGGAGGAGGUGACUGAGACAUGGACAGGACGAGCCUGUAAGUGUGACUGUGAGGGGGAAGAAUCCCCAACCCAGUUCACCUCCCUCUCCCCCAGCCCACCACCUGUCAUGGAGUGCAUGCCAGAGUGUCCGUACCACAAGCCCCUGGGUUUCGAGGCUGGAUCAGUCAGACCAGAACAGAUCAGCUGCUCCAACGAGGACCAGUACACUGGCUGGUUCUCCUCUUGGCUCCCCAGUAAUGCCAGACUCAACAACCAGGGCUUCGGGUGUGCGUGGCUGUCUAAGUUCCAGGACAACAGUCAGUGGCUGCAGAUUGACCUGAAGGAGGUGACGGUGGUGUCUGGUAUCCUGACCCAGGGGCGCUGUGACGCUGACGAGUGGAUCACCAAGUACAGUGUCCAGUACCGCACAGACCAGAACCUCAACUGGAUCUACUACAAGGACCAGACCGGGAACAACAGGGUGUUUUAUGGGAACUCGGACCGCUCCUCCUCGGUUCAGAACCUCCUGCGUCCUCCCAUGGUGACUCGCUACAUCCGUCUACUCCCUCUGGGCUGGCACACACGUAUCGCCAUCCGCAUGGAGCUGCUGCUCUGCAUGAGCAAGUGUACCUGAUCCUCCUGUCUGUCUGUCACGCUCAGCAGGGUACAACAUUGUGGAACGUUCAGACAGAAAUGUAAUGAAUAGAACUGACAUGAUUCUACAUGACAGACAAUCAUAUCGGUCCUACACCAUAUAUUUCUAUGUGAAGGUCCUGUAAUGAUACAUCAUCCUGAACAGGCCCAAGGAGAGCCCUGAUUGUUCCCCUGCCUGUUCCCUAUGCCAAAGUGGAAUCUACUGCCCUCCUUUCCCUCCCCAAAACACUUAAGUAAUACCUCUGUCCCAGUGAUUGGUUUUAUGUGUGAAAAUGUCCAUUCUGUUUUCAGAUCAGGUGCAAAGUGUUACAAGUUGUUUUGUUUUGUUUUGUUUUUACACUGAAAAAGGAGCCAGUUGUUUCCACUUGGGCGAGGAAGGUGGGGAUAAAUACAUGCAUGUGAACCAACCAACCAACCCAGAGAAGUUGGUGAUGAUUAUGUGAUGAGGAAAGCUCAGAGAAAGUGAAGAAUUCCAGUCCUGUGGUUAACUGGAUUUAGUGUACUGUACUGUACUGUGUGUGGAUUCUGAUGUAGUUUGUGACAGUGAUGUAGAGAGUGCAGUGGAGGUAUCGUUUGUUGCUUGUUUUAUUGUAUUCAUUUAAAGUUGACCAAAACCAGUUCCUGAAAUAAAGAUAAACUCUUGUA